GAGAGGAGGAAGUGACGACACACAGACGAUCGGGACGGCAUGGGCAUAGAGUAGCAUGGCAUGGAACUUAUCACCCUGUCUCCCUAGACCCCCCUCCUAGCCCCAUUAGCAUGCACACCAAUGCAUGCACACCACGCGCAGCCAUGCAAACGAGAGCUCCUCCUUUCCCGAAGAAAACAAGACUUAAUAUGACAUGUGGAUCUGCACGCUUAGCUCACCUUCCUUUUGCUAUGUCUCGCCUUUAUAAACCCCUCCCUUCCCCCACGCUGAUGAUCUCUCAGGGCCCUCAAACAGCCUAAUAUAUAGAGCCACCACCCCCCCGCAUUUCUUAUUUGUCUGUGUGUUCACCUUCCUUCAUCACACAUCCAGAGCAACUCUACCAACCAUGGCCGAUACAGCGGCUUCACACGCGUCGUCGACGCCGCCGAAUGAGAAGGCGAGCGCGGAACAUCAUGUCGAGGUUGUGUCGGAUGGUCCGAAUAGGAAACUCGAGGACGGGAAGCUCGAGGACGGAAGGAAGUCUGGGGAUAAUGGGUUUAGGACGGAUGGGGAUGAUGAGGAUCAUGAGCAUGAGCCACCGAUGACCCUCAAUAGGGCCAUGUCCCUGGUUGCCAUGGCGUUCUUGUGGACCAGCUCCCAGAUCCCAGUCUACCUCUUCGGCGGAAUCCCUCCAGUCAUCUACGGCGACAUUGGCGGCCCAGACCGCUGGAUCUGGUUCGUCCUUGCGAAUCUGCUCGCUCUCGCUGCCGUCUGCCCCUUCGUUGGCGCGCUAUCCGAUCUCUUCGGUAGACGCUGGGUUUCCAUCGGCGGGUCGGUACUCAUUAUCAUUGGCAUGAUUGUAUGCUCUACAGCAAAGACGAUGAACCCAUUCAUUGGUAUAUUCCCCGUUCCCCUGAACCGCCACGUUUUGGCCGGAGCCUCUAGAACUAACAAACUACAGGCGGCAUGGCCAUUGCAGGUGCCGGCGCAGGCGUCAACGAACUUACCGCCCUCGCCGCGACGUCGGAGCUCGCACCCACGGCCAAGCGUGGAAAAUACGUUGCCAUCCUCGUUCUCACCAUUCUGCCAUUUGCGCCCUCCGUUCUUUGGUCGCAGUUGAUCGCCCAACACACCAGCUGGCGCUGGGUUGGUCUCCUAUGCGGACUCUGGUCUUUUAUCGGUCUUGUCAUGGUCGUAAUCUUCUACCACCCCCCGCCCCGCGUCAAUAGCAACGGCCUCACUCGCCGCCAAGUCCUUGCUCGGGUUGAUUAUGUCGGCGGCUUGCUAUCCAUCUCCGGCGUUAUCAUCUUUAUUGCCGGCCUGCUUUGGGGUGGUUACGGCUACACCUGGACGUCCGUCCACACCCUCGUCCCACUCUUCAUCGGCGCUCUCCUGCUCGUCCUCUUUGCCAUCUGGGAGAUCAAAUUCGCACCUUACCCCAUGUUCCCUCGCCGCAUUGGCAAGGACCCGCGAAUCCUCGCCAUGACGCUAGUCAUUACCUUCAUCUCCGGGGCCAACUUCUUUGCGGUCAUCCUCUUCUGGCCUACCCAAGCCUUCAACGUCUACGGCCAUGACCCCGUUGGCGUCGGACUCCGUGGUCUGCCCAUCGGUUUCUCCAUCCUUAUCGGCGCCUGCGUCGUCCUCUGGCUACUUUCCGUCUUCCGUGGCAAUAACCGCGCCCUCUUGAUCGGUGCAUCCAUCAUGAUGACUGCUGGCACUGGCGCCAUGGCUGCUGCCACCCGCGACAACCUCCCCGCUGUCUACGGCAUUCUUGUGGUUGCUGGUCUCGGUAUCGGCGGCAUCGUCGUCCCAGCAUCGAUUAUGACAACCAUUAUCUGCCCCGACGACCUAAUCGCCACCGUCGCCGCGCUCACACUAUCCAUCCGUGUCAUCGGCGGUGCUAUCGGAUUCACCGUCUACUACAACGUCUUCUACGCCAAGCUCGUCCCCAAGCUCACGGCCUACGUCCUUCAAGUCUGCUUACUAAAUGGCAUCUACGACAAGGAGUCCAUCACCACCAUCGCCGAGCUCAUCGGCGCCAGUCUCACGGAACAUAUUCUGCAUGUCCCUGGUGUUGACGGCAAUGUCACGAAGUGGCAGUUGAUUAUCAGCGCGGGCGAGUUGGCAUACUCAGAGGCUUAUCCGUAUGUUUAUUACGCGAGUAUUGCGUUUGGGUGUGUCGCGAUCAUUGCGAGCUGUAUGUUGGGAGAUAUUAACAAGUAUAUGGAUGACCAUGUGGCUGUGGUUAUCCAUUAAGAUUCAUGUUAUUAGUUUUUCGGGAGAUGGGAAAGAGGGCUGUGAAGCCCCCUUAUGUAUUUGAUGGUGGCGGUGGUAUUAUACACUGAUUUAAUCCUUUAUAUACUGCAAAUUAAGAUGC